AUGGACUCGGACAUUGCUCGUAAUGAGUUGAGAGAUGCAAUAUUACCUGAUUCCGCAGACCUCGAAGGUGUAGACUACACUCUUCAGCCUGAAACCUACGGAAGUUAUGAGAAGGAGCAGCACGGAUUUGAAUUCAGCACGGGUAAUAUCAAUGAGCACCACCUAGCGGGAGCUUACAACUCGCCGGAGGAAUUAUUCGUGCACUUUUUCAAACAGAGGAAUGCUGACCGUCGAUUGCUUGGAACGAGUAUGACUUCAGCCUCGCUCGGCCCUCAACAAAAUUCCCAAAAUCUCAAGCUGGGUUCGUUUGCUUAUAAUUUCAGAAGGCAGCAGGCCGAUCGCGGGAUAGAAUGGGAUUGGGAUCGAGACCCAGGCAGUACCAAAAACCCCACCAGUCUCAAACGUGGUUCCACGUUGUGCAAAUUCCGCUUUGAUAUAAUGAUUUCUACAAUCACAUUCUCGACCAAGUACUCCCUAAAAAGCCAGAUUCAAGCGUCAAAUGACAAUCGCAAGUUUUGGAAAGUCUGCUAA